AUGCGUGCCCCGACUCGCGCUCCUCAGCUCGCGCUCGUCGCGACGCACGCCACGAGCUCGCGACGCGCGGCUCGCGCCCUCGCGCUCCUUUGCUCCUCGCGACGCGCUCCUCGCGCCGCACGCCCUACUCGCGCGCAUUCCUUGACGCGUGCCCCGGCUCGCGCUCCUCGCGCCGCACGUCCUGGCUCGCGCUCCUCACGAUGCACGCCCCGACACGCGCCCCCGACGCGCGCUCCUCGCACGCCUCGUCAUGCGCUCCUCGCGAGCCCAGGCUCGCGCUCCUCACGACGCACGCCCUGCUUCGCGCCCCCGACUCGCGCCCCUGCUUCGCGCUCCGAGCGACGCGCAUCCCGACGCGCGCCUCGGCUCGCACUCCUUGGGAUGCGCUUCUCGCACCCCGGCUCGCGCCCCUGGCUCGUCGCCCCCGCCACGAGCUCGCGCUCGGACGCGCAUCCCGACUCGCCCCCGACGCACGCCUUGGCUCGCGCUCCUCGCGCCCCCCACCACGAGCUCGCGCUCCUCACGACGCGUCCCCCGGCUCGCACCCCGGGCUCGCGCGCCGCACGCCCCGACUCGCGCCCUGCUCGCACUCCUCACGACGCACUCCUCACGCCGCACCCCCCGACGCGUGCCCCCUGGCUCGCGCGCCCUGCUCGCACUUCUCGGGACGCACGCCUGCGCCGCCGUAGACUCACACUUCGCGCGCCGCACUCCUCCCUCGGCUCGCACCCCGACUCGCGCCCUACUCGCGACGCACUCCUCCCUCGGGACACGCUCGGACGCGCGCCUUGGCUCGAGCUCUUCGGGACGCGCGAACCCUGCUCGCACUCCUCACGCCGCACCCCCCGACGCGUGCCCCCUGGCUCGCACUCCUCGCAACGCGCGCCUUGGCUCGCGCUCCUCGCCACCAGCCCGAAGCGAUCCCGCCCACCAGCCCGAAGCGAUCCUGCCCACCCCUCGACGCUGGAGCACUCCCGCCCACCCACCCCCACCAGCCCGAAGCACUCCCACCCACCCCCACCAGCCCGAAGCGAUCCCGCCCACCCCUCGACGCUGGAGCAAUCCCACCCACCCCCACCAGCCCGAAGCGAUCCCACCCACCCCCACCAGCCCGAAGCGAUCCCGCCCGCCGCGACGAGAGCGGAGAUGGCCGCCGGCAACGAAGGCCCACACGCGACGGUGCGCAAGGAGCACCAAGCUUUCGCCCGGAAGCUCUAUCAGAUCGAGAAGGAUGCGCGCGCGCUACUCAAGGGCCAGGAGCCCACAGUGCUGAACUUGGUGCGGGGGAUCCAGCGCGAUAAGACGCGCGCGACGAUCCUCAAGAAGAAGCUGAUCUCUUUGUCCGACGCCAUCGCGCAGGCGCGCAAAAUGAGAGAGACUGGCCCCUGGGCGCCGACCGCGGCGAUCCAAGGGGCAAUGUUUUUCUUGUUCGACUGCCUCAAGGCAUCGGACCCCGAGUCGAAGUGGUACGCGUUGCAGGAAAUCGCGCGCCCUCGGUAUGUGAUCAACGUCGUGGGGCUUGAUAUCCCGACGCACGACGCGACACUGCGCGCCGCUGACCGCGAUCGGGUGCCGCGAAGGGCGAACGAGGACUUGGACGUGCUGCUCUUGCAGCAGCCGCAGCUGCCCGCCGACUACGUCGCGGUCGAGGCGAAGCGGUGCGGCCUCGGUGAGGUCAAGCUGAGUGGGUGCGCGCCCGCAACACCAGCCCAAAGGAGCCAUCCAGGGCAAAAGGCGCACCGGAACGACAAGAACAAGGGCGUGACGAAGCGCAAGCGCGCCGCUAAGAGGAAGGUUGCCACCGAUUCCGAUUCCGACGAGGCCGAAGUCGAAGAGCCGGAGCCCGCGCGCAAGCGCACACGUUCCCAGACGAAGGCCGCCGCCUCCACCUCAAAGGGCAAGGGGAGGGCGAAGGCGGGCCCGAGCUCGGCGCGCGGUCGGCGCGGCAAGAAGGUCGCUACGCCCUCGGACGUCGAAGAGGAGGAGGAGGAGGAGCGCUCUCAGCCCGAGUCCGAGGAGCGCGAUGUCGUACCGCCCGUGCGUUUCCGCGUGGACUGGGACCGUCGUCCGCGCGAUGCGGACGGCGAGCUCUUGCCUUACGUCGAGACAGAGGACGAUGCGCAGAUGCUCGAGGAGCAGGCCGAGGAGCAGGAGCGCCUUGCUGACGAGGAGGAGCAGAUGCUCCGCAUCAAGGAGGAGAUCCGCGCCCACAACGAGCAGCGCAUGCUCGCGGGGUUGGGUGACGACGACGCGCCUGAGUGGCCGGUGGCGGGUAGCUCGGGGCUUCAGCCUGGCUGGACCCACCUCCCAGACGCCGAGGACAAAGAGGACGGCAACGCGGGGCACCCGGGCGCCGAGGAGGAGGAAGAGGAGCUUGAGGACGACGACGCCGAGCCCCCUGCUCUUCCCUCUCCCAAGCCCGCAGCGCCUUCGCGCUUCCCGACGCCGGAGUGGAUGAGGGAGGGACCCUCGGGCGAUCGUCCAGCGGAGUUGCUCUGA